CCAGCUAUAACAGCAGUUUGUGUGGGGGAGUUACCGAGAUUUUAGACUGCAGCAGUAACAUCACGGCGCAUUCCUCGCAGUUCUUAGCAGCCAACAUCUUUUAAGAGCUGUAGCAGAGACCGGUUGUUGAUUUGAUUCGUAACGCAGGAGAACGCGUCGACAGUAGGUUACCCCUAAUUUGUCAGCCACCCUGACAGGCAGGAGAGAGUAUUUUGGAGUAUGCCAAGUCUACAUUCAUCUGCCUAGCUUGAUCUCGCUCUUUAGUCUGAAGUGCAGGAGCUCUCUGAUGUUUUAUGGCAAGAAGAUGAGAGGGGUUCAAGUGAAGAAGGAACAAGAGGCCUGAAUGUCCCCGUGUAAUGAAGCCCAGGUUAUGCAGUAGGUGAUCUGAUCUCUCCACUAAUCCACCAAGUGCACCGCCUGAGGAGGAGGAGGAGAAGAAGAGUUGACGAUGUGGACCUACGGAUCUGGGGCUCUCUGUGAGCACAAUAGGCAGUGAGUGUGGCUGUGGAAGGCCAUCCGUGAGCAGCGUUUCCCCGGACCUCCUCUUCCUCCUCCUCCUCCUCCUCUUCUUCCUCCUCUUCCUGCUGACCAGUGUAGCUAGUGUGGUGUGAGGCUGCCGCUCGGGUCAUCAUGUCUGCUGAGGUGGAGAGCAGCAGUGGCCAGUCCCCCACAGAGCAGCAGCAACCGCCCAUCAAGACACCCUCCAAGAAGGAGAAGAAGAAGGGUGUGGCGAGCCCAGAGAAGACAGAUGAGUUCCUGCUGGCCAGAUUCAAGGGAGAUGGCGUGCGGUACAAGGCCAAGCUGAUUGGCGUGGACGAUGUACCAGAAGCCAGAGGGGACAAGAUGAGUCAGGACUCCAUGAUGAAGCUGAAGGGCAAGGCAGCGGCGGCCCGCUCCCAGGGCAAACAUAAGCAGCGGGUGUGGGUCAACAUCUCCCUGUCAGGCAUCACCAUCACAGACGAGAAGACGGGGGCAGCAGUGCUGGAACACGCGGUCAACAAGAUCUCCUUCAUCGCGCGGGACGUGACCGACAACCGGGCCUUUGGCUACGUGUGUGGAGCUGAGGGCCAGCACCAGUUCUUCGCUCUUAAAACGGCUCAGCAGGCGGAACCUCUCGUUAUUGACUUGAAGGACCUCUUCCAGCUCAUCUUCAAUAUGAAGAAAAAGGAAGCCGAAGGCUCCAAAAAGGAGAUAAACAAGGUAGUGGAGAAUGGCACUGAAUCAACUAAUGACAACCAAGGCGACAAGUUGAAGGGCAUGGAACAACUAGACCUGUUUGGAGACAUGUCAACCCCACCAGAUUUACAUUCCCCUUCGGAGGUGCAGGACAUCCUGCUGCUGGAUCUGUCCACUGAGAUCGACAGCAACCAGAACUGUGUGAAGGGCAACCCCUUCACCGGCUCCUCGUCCACCCCUGCCUCCUCUUGCUCUGUCCUUAGGCCCCAGCCCAGCCUCUCGCCUGAGAACCCCUUCUCCUCCUCCUCCGCCUCCUCCUCCUCCUCCACACAGCCGCCGCACAGCUUCUUCCCCACCCCCAGCCACGACCCCUUCAGCGACGACCCCUUCUUCUCCAAGAACGGCGAGCUGGCCACCUCCUCGUCCUCCUCCUCCAGCUCCUCCUCGUCAUCCUCCUCUUCCGCCCUGCGACCCCCCAGCCACGAGAGCCCUUCCUCGGCCUUCUUCAACGGCAACGGUAUCGCCGCCGCCCCCCACGGAGGUCAGAACGGCGACUCGGACUACCUGGCCCAGCAGUUUGACCAGAUCUCCAACCGCACCGCCGUCAACGUCAACGGGGGUCCCCACUGGCCGAGCGCCCCGGUCGCCAUCCCCGUGCAGGAGCAGAAUGGCCACCACCACCACCACCACCAUGGCAAGGCCGGCGUCCCCAACCCCUUCAUGGGCACCGCCGCCGCUGAGCCAGGUCAGCCCAUGCAGAACGGGGUCAAGUCUCCAGAUGCCAGCACUGCCACCCCUCCAGCCAAGGACUCCUCUGUCAUCAUCAGCCCUCCUCCAAUGAAUGCCAAGGGUGGGCGGGGGAGGAGGACUGUGAAGUCACCUACAAAUGAGAAAUCCGGUACCGACCCAUUCGCAUCGCCCAACCACACAGAGACACCCUCUCCACCACAGUCGGACGUGCUUCCUGCUAACCUCUUCAGCAAGAGUCCAACGAGUGCCUCGGAUACUUUGGCAGCUCUCGAAGGGUUGACCUUGGGUGCUUCUCCCCCAGCCUCAGCUGCGGUCCCCAGCUCCACCACCUGGAGUCAGCCUCUGUCCACCAUCUUCCCCCCCGCCGCUGGCCCUGCUGGCAUCCCGUCCCUGCCCAGCGGCCCUUUCGCCCAGCCUGCCGCCUUCCCUGCCGCGCCAGCCUCCGUGCCCUCCUGGGGAGUCCCUCCUGCGGCUUACGGCUCGGGCUUCCCCCCUGCUGCAAGCAGCCCCCCGUCCUGGGUGCAGCCCAACCCUCCCGUGCCCAACGGCACCUGGGCCCAGCCUGCUGCCCCAGUGGGGAACCCCUUCCAGCCGUCCGUGUUCCCCAUGCCGCCCUCCUCCUCCUCCUCCAUGGGGCUGGGGGUGCUGGGUGUGGGGCAGCCCGCUGCUGGCCCGCCCGCACCUCCUCCUGAGGUGCCACCGCGGGCGGCCCCCAAAAUGGAGUGCGAUGCCUUCCUGGACCUGGAUCCUCUUGGGGACAAGGUGAACAAGGACGUGGCGGUGAGGGACAUGUUCAAGGACUUCCAGAUGGCCCGGCCUCCCCCAGCGGUGCCUGCCAGGAAGGAACCAAUGAAACCGCAGACCAUGGGUCAGGUUCCUUUUAACAAUUCCUUUGAAGUUGGUGUCUUUGGAUCCACUGCACCUAUAAAUAGUGCACCCACCAUCAAGUCUGGAGGGCCAGAUCCCUUUCGAGACCCAUUUGGAAACCCCUUUGCAUGACCAGCACCUGAACUCUGCUGAGUGGAGUCCAUGUAAAGUGCCCUUCCAUCCCUCCAGAGGUGCCGCCCCGCCCCCCCCACCCAUGAUGUUGCACCCCGGACUGGAGGCAGGUCUUUGAUGUCCAGCAGGCUCCAUCUCUCAUCUGCCCCCUCGACAUCCCACACCCCGACCCCCCUGCCAAGCAACCCCACAACCAACCUCCCAUAACACCCACCACUCCCCUGCCUAGCCAACCUCCCACAACCAAUCUCCCACAACAUAGCACCCCCUCCCCAACCUCCCCACCCCCACCCCACAGCAGAGGCCUCUGCAUGUAUUCGCAGAGAUCUGGUGGACUAGCUAGCACAGCUCCUGUGGAGAGCGCAGCCAAAAAAAGAAAUAACCAGAAGAAGAGCUCCGGUAGACUGCUUUAAAUUCCUGUCUUGAGACUGGACAAAAAAAACUUCAAAAAGAGAAGUGCAGUACCUGAGACUACAUAUCAAAGGAAACUUUGUAUCUGAGUAUGGAAUACUUACAACUGCCACUAGCCAUAGCUUGAAGCACAAAGCCCAAGAUGGAGACGGGAAAAUCCAUUGUUCAGGAGAACAGAAGAAAAACGAAACAAAAACUUCUAUGUAAAAUCAUGUUCCAGUAUUCAGUGUAUCGUGGAAGAUUUUUUUCUAACUUUUGAAAUGCAGUAUUAUUUUUACUCUUUUUUUUUUCUUUUUCUUCUUCUCAGCAUGUCUCCUACCAAUGACGUGUAUCUUUAGCUUACGACUUUGAGUGAUUCCUGACAUUUCUUGAGUAACAUUUGCAAGUCGGUAUGUUAUGUACGUAUGUCUGUGUGAGGAAGAUCUCAACACGAGGGCGUUUUAUUAGCGUUACUGUGUGGCCGCCUCAGGUGUGCAUGGUUGGUUUGGACGAGAGGAAAUCGCCUAGUGUUAUUACUCCUGUGGAGAUGAUAACGGGCACGAGAUGAGCCAGCUUGGAAUCCACCUGCCUUGUGUGCCUCUUUUUUGUCAUCGUCUCGUCUGACUACGCUCGUGCAAACAAACCAUUAUGUGGAUCGAUGGUGUCUUUUGCGUCUUCCGUUCAUGCGUUCCACAGCAUCUCAAGUCAGUCCAGCUUGCUGUACUCUGUGUGUAUUGCAGAGCUACCUGACUGGUGCCAUUUCAGUAGAGAUUUUGGGGUUUUUCUCUGAGAGUAGACAGGCUCGAUGUGUUGUCUCUCCUGUACCGCCUUGUUACAUGUUCAUAGCCAAGAGGUGUGUAAGAGCGAGAGUGAGUGAGCAGUGUUUGACUGCUGGGGUAAAGAAAUGUUCUCACGAUAGGUGUCGCAUUAUGUUAAAAAAAAAAAAAAAAAAGAUUCAAGAAAAAUAGAAAAAAGAGGCCUUGACUGAUAAAUGAAGUAGACUUGCUCACAGUUAAUUUUGUACGUGGAAAUCUAUGCGUGUGUGUAUGUCUGUAUGUAUGUAUGUAUGUAUGUAUGUAUGUAUGCGUGUAUAUAUUAUAUAUAAAUAUAUAUUUACUCUGUCGUGCACUACCCUUUAUUUUGGAUGCUGUGUAACUGAAGAGAAUCAAGUCCUAUAGUCCUUGCAAUAAACUGGAAUUGUAGUUAGUUGAAUGGACUAUGAAUUUGACCCUUUUUGAUCUGUAAUGGAAUUUAUUAAAUGUAUCAAUGGCUUUGCCUUA